AAUUGGGUCACGUGGUGGCGCGGCGGCGUGACGUCGCCACCGAGCGGUUGGUCGCGCGAUAGUGACGUCGCGUCCGUGUGUUUUCCCGCGCGCCGCUUUUCCUCACGGGUUACGUGGCCCGCGUCACGUGUUGCACGCCGACCAAUGGGAGCCGAGCGCGGGCCGUCCGGACGCGGUGGAGACGAUGGAGUCGCGGAUCCCGCUCUGCUCCCGCAGCGCCGCGGAAGUCGCGGCGCGCCGCGUCGCUGCCGCCAUCGAUGAGCUGCUGGCGCGCAGUCUGUCCGAUGAGCGGCGUGCCAUCGCCUCAGAGCUCAUCGUAGCGACCAUAGUGAGAGGUCUGCAGGAAAAUGUGACGAUAAACGGCAAGCUGUGGCAUGAAAUUCCUGAAGUGGAAGAUCCCCUGCAAGAUAUGGACAUGGCAAGCUUGGAUAAGACUCGGAACAAUUACAUUACGACCGUGGCCGGCAAGCGACGGCGCUACCCCAAGCGGAUCCUCAACCACUUUGUCCGGGAGCUGAAGGCUGAGCGAGAGUGUCUGAAAUUGUACCAUCCUUAUCUUCCAAAAAGCCUGAAGAAGGAAUGCAACACAGUUGUGUGCGGCGAGUCUGUAGACGAUGCUAAGCACAAAGAGCUGAGUGAGCGGGUGACGUGCCUCGCUACGGAAACAUCAGCAGUCAUGAAGUUGUUGCCCUCCAUGCUGACAAAAGUGGACAAUCUCUGCAAGGCUGUGGAGUCGACGAACGGCAUGGCCACGGGCGGCACCAACGCGAUCGUGCACUCGCCCAGCGUCGAGGUGACCCCCGUGGGAGAGGCUCACGCAGGGUUGCAGCUCCCCGGCACACCCCUCAAGGUGUCGGCAGAGCGGCACAGCCUGCUCCGCCCACGGGCGCAGCCCGAUGAGCAGCGGCGUGUGACACUGCGCCGCAGGCUAGCAGUGGAUAUGUCUCCUGAGUAGCCCACGGUGGAUUUUGUUUGAAGAGCCCACUUGUUUUUUUCUUAUGUUUUAGCUUUCUGUCAUUGUAAAAUAAAUACACCAUUUAAACAAACCUGCAUGUUCACAGCUGGGUAAUGUUGUUUUGUACCCAUAAAGCAGAAUCACUUGUAUAGUUUUCCAUUUUCUCUUUAUAUAUGCUAAAAUAUAAUUGAACAAUCUUGCUAGGGAAUGCUGGGGUUAUCUUAGACCAGUUUCCCAAAACGGAGGUCAAAGUAGGUUCAGAUUAAGUGAUUAAUCAAUCGGAACACGUUUGUGGGACUACUGGAGCUGCUUGCAGUGAUGACUCCUCUGACCCUGGCCGGAAGAGUCAGUGCUUUGCAUAUGCAACAUGACUGGUAUGCCUGCAGAGAAAAUCUCAUCAAUGUAUAAAAUGUGGGGACUGUCACCUGAAGUUUAAGAGACCCUGGAUUAAAUUCGUGUUCUUGGAAACAUGCCAAUGCUGCUUUGCAGUUGACUUAAAACGUUUGAUUUAUAUUUUUUAGCCUGUGGCUGUCAAUUGUGAUCAGUCCAGCUGAAUUGUUAGAGUGCACGUUAAUCUUGGUGGUACAACACCGAGGUUUGUGUUUAAUUCUAGAUUUAAAGCUUUCGUGACUGCUAGGAUCCAUACUCUUUGGUUCUAUUGGGUAAAGUCACGUAGGUGAAUUAACUGAAGCAACUUUAAAGCAACUUUGUCCAGAAAAAAAAACUAUCGAUGUCUUCCAAUGAUUGAGAUGAUUGGUCUAAUUUACUUUCUUGCAGUUCCAGGCAUUUGCCAACUUCAAUUUAAAUCACACACAUUUCCAAUGUGGGGAAUCUUUUCUGCACCUCCUUUUUAUCACCUUAUAUGUAUCUCGGUAGAUAAA